CGAUGGUAACGUGAAAAAUUGGCAGUAUGUAAUUGCACAGGACGAAAGAGAUAUCAAGUGAUAAAAAGUAGAGAAAUGAUAAACGAUUUUUUCGACGGUCUCCCUACUGAAAAUGGAACAGAUGAACUUGAUACCGAUAUCAUGUUUCCACAAGAUAAUAGUGAUAUAGACAGCAGCAGUACACCCACAUUUUACCAAAAGCAGAGAGACAUGAAUAAAAAUUUCAAAAUCGAUAAAGCUACUAAUGAAAAGUAUCGCAAGAAAUGUCGAAAGAUGAAAAGAGUAAUGAAAGCUUUAAUUUUUGAAAAUGCUGCUCUCUGUGAUGAAGUUGCACAGUUACAGGAGAAAAUAUUAAUUGGAAAAGAGGAAAGAAGAUACUUUGUAAAAAAACUAUUACAUCUGCAAGCUCAACGAGAAAAUGUAAUGCAGAAUCUUCCUAAAUUAAAUAGUGGCAUGCUAUCUAAUCAUACCUUCAAUAAUGUUAUUACUCAGUCUGUAGCAUUACCAGUUUCAGAUACAGUUGAUAGAGUUAAGAAGAAAGUUUCUUCCAAAAAGAAAUCAUCUAAAGAUGCAGUUGAAGAGAACUUGAAAGCAAAAACUGUGAGGAAAAAAGCAUCAGUGGAUAAAAAAUAUGUUCAGUUAAUACCACUUGAUUCAACUGGACGACCCAUUUUUCCUAUUAAUCUUGGAGAUUUAACAUUACAUAGCUUAGGAGAGAUUGUCUCAGACAGACCUGGCUUUCAUACAGAAGAUCACAUUUAUCCUGUUGGAUUUUGCAGUUCAAGAUUAUAUGGAAGUAUUAAAAAUCCUUCUCAGCAUUGUUUAUAUACAUGUACUAUCAUGGAUGGUAAUACAGGACCAAGAUUUGAAAUUGUUGCCGAAGAUAAUUCUGAAAAGCCAUUUUUGGGAAACACACCUAAUGAAUGUCAUUCUAUAUUAUUAAGAACAAUAAAUGAAUAUUAUGGAAAAGAAAUACUGCCACAAGAAGGACAAGGAGCUGACUUUUUUGGUUUAACUCAUCCAACAAUUCAGAACCUUGUGCAAAGUUGUGCUGGUGCUAGAAAAUGUUCAUUAUAUCGCUGGGUUAAAUUUGAAGUUUGUAAAAACAUUAAAGUAGAAGAAGGAAAUGCUACUGAUAAUGACCCAUCAAUUAAUUUUGAAGCCCUUCAAAAUCUUCUCUUUGCAGUUUCGACAGAAGAUAAAUCCAAUAAAGAAGCAAGUAUACAAGAAUUACCAACAUCUUUAAGUAUUCAAACAGCUAAUUUGCAGUCGCUUCUAAUGGCAAAUAUAAUUGAUAAUAGUUCAAGAUAAUCAUUUUUUUUAUUAUUUAAUGUUAAAUAUGAGUAUUUAUAAGACCAGAACUUUUAAUAAAGUGUUUCACUACGACAUAUCCUAUUGUAUAUUAAAUGUACCGGUACUUAUGACAAUUUAUUUGUUACCAUGUAAAUAUUGU